AUGUAUAAUCCUUACCAACCUUCGGGUAUGUACGGCAGGGCUCCCGACUAUGGGUCCUACCCCGGUGCGCCCCCGGGCAUGGCGCCUCCUCCAGGGAUGGCCGCGCCGGGAACUGCUGCUCCCCCAGGCAUGCAGCAGAACAAUAACCAGCAACCUGGUCGCCCCGGCGGCUUCCCGGCCAAUUUCCAACCACCCCCGAACAUGCCCAACAUCAACUUCUCCGCGCCCGUCAUUCGCCUGGGUACCUCUGGCCCCGCAAAGCCUGCUGCCCCCGAUAUGGGUCGUGAACGAGGACCAGACGGCCCGGGGCGACGCCCGGGCUUGGGAUCAUCUGGUAUGGAUGACCGACGCCACCAUGGCCGCGAUGCGAUGAUGCAGCUUCAACCGCCUACACGUGAUGAAAUUGUGCGCACACUGUUUGUUGGAGGCAUUACCGAGGGCGUGGGUGGCGAUGAUGGCAUUGAGCGCAUCCUACGGUCUGCGGGUAACCUGAGACGGUGGAUUCGGGCUACAGAUGCAGACGAAAAGCCUUGUCGAUUCGGCUUUGCUGAAUUUGAAGACCCGGAGAGCCUCGAGGUGGCCGUGGAAGUGCUGAAGGAGGUUGAAGUUCCUGUGAAGCGCCAGGCACCACGUGCAGAGGGCGAGGAAAAGCAAGAAGUGGAGAAAAGCACCCUUUUGGUUGUUGUGGACGAAAGCACUAUGACCUAUCUAGAGCAGUUCGAAGCUUCUCGCGGCGAGAGGGACCCCAAGGCGCUCCAGGCGCGAUUUGAUGCUGCUCGCGACAAUCUGAAGAAUGUUCUCUCCGAGCUCUUCCACCCUGCCAGCCCGACCCAAAAGGAAGAAAUUUCUGGAGUCGACCGGGAAGGCGAUAUCGAGAUGAAGGAGGGCGAGACCGCGAAGGACGGAGAGGUGGUUACGAUCCCUAUCACCAUCGAAGAUGAACUGGCCGACAUUCCCCCGGAGAUGCGCGAGAAUGUUGCCAAGGAGAUUGCGGCGUUCCGUGAUCGUAGUAACCGCCGAGAUAUUGAACGCCUGCGCCGGGAGGAGGAGAUCGAAUCUAUGGAGCGUGCUCGAAACUCCGGCUCACGUAUCAGCCGUCUUGGUUCGCCUCCUGCCUCAGCUCCCAGUGGGCCUGCGGGCGGUGCGAACGGCAUUCCUCUAGGCCCCCGUGGUGACCGUAACUUGCCCAAUGCCCCGUCUGGACCCAAAGGAUUCGGUGUGCAGAUUCCCAAGGACUACCAGAAGGGCGUGUCGUUUGUAAAUGGCGGUGCCAUCAAUGGAUCUCAAGUCUAUAUUGAUCGAGAGGACGAGGACGGUGAUGCAAGUGAUGAAGAGCUGGAACGCCGCCGUCAGGCCAAGCGUGACGCCGAGCAAGAAAAGCAAUUCCUUGACCAGGAGCGCCGCUGGCUCAACCGCGAGCGAAGCCGAACCGCCGCCUUGGAACGUGAGAAGAAGCGAGACAAGGAGGAAGAUGGGAAGCUGCAGGCCGCCCAUGACGAAAUGGAGAAGCGCCUUAUGGAAUGGGAUGACAAUGUGGAGGCUAGUCGCAAGGCAAACGAGUAUUACGCUGAUCGUGGCGCUUGGCUUCGGAGCCGCGCUGUGUUCCGCGCCCGUGAGGUCAGCAUGGACGAGGCUGACCGCGCCGCCGAGGAGCGCGAGCUUGCUCAGACCGCCAAGCGACAGGAGCAGGCCCGCGGGCUGGCUGACGAUUUCCUUGCUCGUCAAGCCCAGGAACUGGAGGUUCGUGCCCAGGCACCGGCCCCCAGCGAGGAAGAGCCCCAGCGGUUCAAGCUGUCCCUUGGCGCUGCAGCACAGAAGGCCCAGGCCGCCACCGGCCGCCGCACCGUUGCCGAAGUCGAAGGUCUACUGGAGGAUGAGGAGGAGCCAGCCGGCACGACCCGCCGCCAGCUUAUCCCGAUCAAGUUCGACUCCGCUGCCGAAGCUGCCGGACUCUCGGACGAGGAGCGUGCCCAGGCCGCGCGCCAAUUGGCAGCCGAGAUCCCGACCGACAAGGAGGGACUGUGGAAGUGGCAGAUCAAGUGGGAGUUUGUGGACGAGGCUGUUAUCAGCGACCAGAUCAAACCAUUUGUGGAGAAGAAGAUCGUCGAGUAUCUGGGUGUGCAGGAGCAGAUGCUGGUGGAUGUUGUGGAGGAGCAUGUGCGCAAGCAUGGCUCUCCUCAGGAGCUGGUGGAGCAAUUGGAGAUGGCACUGGACGAUGAAGCCGAAGUGCUGGUUCGCAAGCUCUGGCGCAUGCUCAUCUUCUUCUCCGAGAGCGAGAAGCGUGGUCUGUCCGGAUAA